GCUCUCGCAGCUCAGUUCAACAAAUGCCGUCGUUGUGAGUAGUUUGGGAUCGAGAAGAGCUCGAGAAACCUGCACCGCACCGCACGUACACCGGGGUGUGUUGUGUGCUUGUGGCCGUAGACCGAAAGAAUCGCUUCGAGGCAAGUGUCAUUGUAUAGUGAACGGUCAGAAACAACUGUGAAGAAGCGUCCAUCACCCAUAUCUGUUGUUGUGUACUAAAACAAGCGCCUACGCAUACUAAGCUACCGUACUAAGUGUAAAAAAGGGCACUCGUGAAAGUGAAAGUGCAGUCGGUGAAACACACAAGUCCCACGUGCAAAACGCGACAGCAAAAAGGAAGCGAGUGAUUUUCUGCCCCAAAAAUCAAAUCAUUCUGGUGCCCCUGGUGUGCGUGCGUGUGUUGCACUAACAAACGGCACUGAUUUCGGUUCCCUUUAUCGUGGCUUGCGAUAGUGUGCGGUGGGCACACGCUGUGUUCUUAUUUGUUUGCUGCUUCUGCCGCCGCUGCUGGAUCGAUUGUUCUCUUGCUGUACACACAGGCGCGCACGCGGAGCUGACAAUCGAUACCGCGAUAAGCAAUAGAGCGCCCGCAAGAUUGCAGAGUGUUUGUGCGUGCUUUCAAUGUUGUGUGAAAGAUAGAGAGUAAACAAAAGCAAAACAAAGUGUAGAAGAAACGGCAGAACGAGUGAACGCAACAAGCCUAGACAACGCGCGCCACGCGACGAUUUGGUGGAAUUAAUGCGUUCGGAGACAUCGCACGGAGAAGACGACCCCACGACAUCGCUCCUGGUCUGCUGUACGCUGCAGGCUAAUUGAACCAAUCAGUAUCCCCUUUCUUCCUCUCUCUCUCUCCGGUGCCUCCUCCAAAAAGUGAUUGCAAUAAAUGUACUCCAUGGUGGAAUACUACAGCGACAUGGGACAAAUCGGGCAGGACUAUGGCUCAAAGAAUUCGCCAACAGACAGCUCGAAUCUGGACCAUGUCACCAAGGUGAUCGCUUACCAUCCCCGCUAUCUGGACCACUUUCUCAACACACAGAAGUUCGUCAUGCAGUGUGAUGGGCCGCUACCGUACGACUAUAGGAACUACAUAGCGAUAAUGGCCGCUGCCCGCCACAAAUGCACGUACCUGGUUAACCUGUACGAAGAAAUCUUCCUAGCGAACGGUGGCGACCCGAACUGGCUGAACGGGCUCGAACACAUCCCCCCGAAGCUACGUGCCAUUUCCGACAUCAACAAAAUCCUUGCCCAUCGCCCGUGGCUACUGAACAAGGAACACGUUGAGCGACUCACAAAGGGACAGAACAGCUGGUCGCUGUCCGAGGUGGUGCACGCGAUCGUGCUGCUGGCCCACUACCAUUCGCUGUCCUCGUUCGUGUUCUCCUGCGGCCUCACCCAGGAGCUGGACGGCGCUAGUCACAAAAUCGAAAACAAUAACGUUCUCACCCAGAAGACUGCCUUCAACCGUUUGAAUGAUCUGUACAAUUCUCAGCAUCCCGAAAACCUCCCGAAUGGUGAUGAUGCCAAUAUCCGUCCGGAAGUGACCGUCGAUGCGCUGAUGCAGCGCAUGAAGCGCCUGUCGGAGAAGAACGACGAGUGCAGCGAGACGGAGCUGAGCAAUCGCUUCAAGCACGUAGAACAGCAGGCGGCCGAGCUGCCGCCGGUGGUGCGGGAGGCGCCGGCCGACGUGCCGCAGCAGCUAGGCCGCUACGUGGACGAUCCCGGCUUCACAUAUCAGGACUUUGCGCGCCGCGGUGCGGAAAACAUUCCGCAAACGUUCCGGAUACAGGACUACUCCUGGGACGAUCAUGGAUACUCACUAGUAAAUAGGUUGUACAAUGAUGUCGGUUUCUAUCUGGACGACAAGUUCCGGGCGGCCUACAAUCUAACGUACUACACGAUCGCGGGACGGACGAAUGUCGACACGUCCAAGUUUCGUCGUGCCAUCUGGAACUACAUCCAAUGCAUCUACGGCAUCCGCCACGAUGAUUACGAUUACGGCGAGGUGAACCAGCUGCUCGACCGCUCGCUCAAGAUGUUCAUCAAGACGGCCUGCUGCUUCCCGGAGCGCAUCACCAAGCUGGACUACGACAGUGUGCUGGUGGAGCUGCAGCACAGUGAAAAGGUUCACAUCAAUCUUAUGAUCUUGGAAGCCCGCAAUCAGGCGGAGCUGCUGUAUGCCUUACGCGAAGUUAUGCGAUACAUGACAUGAUUACCACCGGCACCGGCAAAUGCCAGCCCUUCGGCCAGUUUUGUGAGCCUGCCUACCACAGUGAAGGAGCACGAAUGAUUGGGCGGGAAUUGCGUUUUUGCGGGAGGAGGAUAGAUAUAUACAUACAUAUAUACGGGGACAGAGAGAGAGAGAACAGAGAGAACAAGGAAUGCGUGAUAUAGGCAGGUAGGAAGAUGUUGAGAGGUGCUUCAGGUUACAAACGUUCAGAGAAGAGAUGUGUAUUUUUUUUUGUUUUUAAAAAAAGAGGAAGGAUAUUUGUGAACGCAAAGUUGUUGCUGUUUGUGUUAUUGUUGUUAACUAUAUUGUACUAAAACCCCUCUCUCGUCUCACGCCACGGAUGCGUCGUUGUUGAAGGUGUGCAAGAUACGCGUGAUAGGAGGUUGAGGUGGAACUUUCAAACUGGAAAGGAAAACGGGGGAAAAGAGUGUGUGUAAAGGAACGUUCGCAAACGAAACCGGAGCCUUGGGUCGACCGGAGUGAUGAUGUGCAAGCAAAAUGGAAUAUUUAGAUGGGUGAUAUAGUUUUACAUAAACACAUAUUACAUAUAUACAAACACAUGGACACACGAAAACACAAAAGGGUUGCCCGCGAAGCGCGAUGGACCGUCAGACCCUGCAAAAUGUACUAAGAAUAGGUUGCUGCUUGAUGCAAACACGAAAAAAACGGUAAAGAAAACGUUCAGAUACACUAGCAUAUGUGCGCCACACCAUUCAAAGAGAGAGAGAGAGAGAGAGAGAGAGAGAGAGAGAGAGAGAGAGAGAGAGAGAGAGAGAGAGAGAGAGAGAGGGCAAGUUAAGGCAGGGAGGCAUGGCAUCAAUGUCUAAACGAAACGCAAACAAGCUAAUCAUUGCCCUGCAAACAUGUAAGCGUUAGAUAGAUUAGAACCCCUACUCUCCCCAGUUCUUAGUCCGAGGGGCGCGAAACCCCCCACCCCCUCCUCCCUAUUGACGAUGUCCAAUUUUCGGAUGAAUGUUGUUUUUUUAAAAACUUUGUAUUACCUAUUGAACGGACGAGAUGCGCUCACACGGCAAGAAGAGAACAUAGGCGGCAGUGCAGGUGGUGUGUAAUAAGGAGUAAGCAAUUGAGAUCGGAACGAAGCGUACAGCCGGUCACUAUACGAGUGGCAUAUUGCCCCAUACUAGCUAAACCGCAUUCUGAUCUCACUGUGAUAAGGUUUUACUUCUUUUCAAGUGCUGCCGCGGCUACUACUAUUUGCAAAAUCACAAAUCGAAACGGGCGAGAAAGCGUCGCAAAGCUUUCCCUACAUUAGGCGUGUAACUGUGCAUUAAAUAGCUAUUCAAGCCUGCUACUGCUACUGCUUCCAAUUAUGCCAUAUAGCCAUAGGGUGAUAUCCUUGUUGCAAUUGUAAUUGUUAUUUUAUCUUCUUUUUUUGUAUUGACUGGAUCUUCCAACAAAUGAAACCGAAACGAACCACAAUCCUUAGUACUGUUUUGUUUAGCAAAAGCUGUGCUGUAGUAACUGUCCGAAGUUUAGCUAACGACACACAAUACCACCAACCAGAUUGGUUUGACCGUUUUUUGGUUCGUUUAGAUCGAGUUUGGAUGGUGUCGUUCCCAUCUCAGUUUUUGUCCUGAGAGUUUUUUUGUUACAUGCAAUAUAUAUUUUUGUUUUAUUUUUCUCUAAUCGACGAACGAUCCUUAUUGAAUUUUAGCAUACGUUGCAUGAAAUGCAACGUUACUUCAAACAAGGAUUACACUACCUAUUUGCUGCUUUCCUCAUAGGAACGUGGUUCUACUGUUGUUUACGUUACUAGAUCUGCUACCAAAUGUUAUUUGCGAUUCGCAAUCAGCGAUCGUGCACUUUUACAUGCUUUCUACAACUCGCCAAACUGACCUUUGUUGCGAACCAACUAGUCCACUGAUACGGCGCAAUCUGUAAGCGGAAACUGUGCAUUAGCUAGAUUGUCGGAUUUUUAUGGCAAAAAAAAUCCCAAACUUUCCCUCGCCUCAAAGCAAAGAUGCGGUAUGGUUUCAAGGAAAAAGAAAGUACGCAUGCAUUGGUUGGCAACACAGAGCUGAUGUAUUACCAUGUCGAAAUUUAACCGUAAAACAAGGCUGUAAACCAAGUUUGCCGUACAACGCGUGUACAGAACAGUGCGCGCGUUUGCAAGCAAGUGUUCUCUUGCUGUAUGAAGCAUACAACAACAAAAAAGGCCAGCGUGCAAAUGGUGUGCAUAUAUGUAGGUGUACACCAAAAGAAGAAAACAAGUAUGAGUCGUGAGAAUGAAUUUUGUAAAAAAAAAAGAGAAAUCAUCAAAAUAAAUUUACAAAUACUACUCUCCUA